AUGGCCUACCCGUCGUUUAGGCCCCUCCCAACACCCCCAUCUGUAGUAUCUGCAGGGUACUUCAAUCGAGACGACGACCACGCCGUAUAUCCCGACGUCUAUGCCUAUUCAAACCCCUAUUACGCCCCUUUCCCUCCGCGCACUCCACCGAUCCAUGACCAGCCCAGGACGACUCUACCAGGAGGGACUUUGUUGCAUAAAGGAUUUUAUGACCUGCUAUCCAUGAUCCCAACUCCUUCCCCUUCGCGGUUCUUGUGGGGUGGUCAAGGCGACGAGCCUAUUGCAGGACCCAGAUACGAAGAUAUAGGAACUAAUGCGCGUCCCCCUCCCACUGCACCUGUAGUUAUGCCUGCCAGUCCCCCAGGGCCGACGAGGCGAGGAAGGAAAAUAAGUAAAGACAUGGUUUCUAAGCCCACGGGAUUCAUACACUUGGUGCAUGCCUCAGAUGCCGACCAGGCGGAAGCCCUUCUCCGGCGGUGGGGACCGGAUGGUAUGGGCAAGUUAGGAGAUCCUCGAUGGGCGGACCCAAUCAAAGACCGCGUGCGAGCCACCAACCAGGCAAAGGCUGUGAAUGAAGUAGUGAAUGCAUUGAAACCCUCUAUGAGCAGACAGGAUCAACUGCCGCCGCUCCGAGUGGUUAAUGGUAUGAGCACCACCUCGUCAUCCGUCAUAACCACCGCAGCGAGAGAAAAUGUGAGCGUCUCACCUACGGUAGACGGCUUACCAGGACAGCCCGGAAACUCCACCAUUCGGUGGGGAGGUGGCCUCAUGGUUCAUCCGGAACACGAACACGAGGAUGAGGAGGAGGACGCGGCCUUAUUGCAGAAAGAUUUGCCCGCUGCCCCUCAGACACCGCGAAGGCCAAUAACACCUUCCUUGGCCACCCUGGAGAAAGCCGUCGCCGCUAGGAUCUAUUUCGAGAACCUUUACUUCCCAUUGCUCCGGCAACCUCCGUCUCGCGAGCAGAGAAGACUCGCGAUGGAACGCGAUAUGAUGAAUAUGCAGCUCACCGAGGCUCAGAAAGAGAAUCUACGGGCUCGGUGGCGCCAGAAUGAGACAGAUUAUCUACGGGAACGCAGGCGAAAAGUAGAUCCGAGCGGCUUCAUCAAGCUCAAAACUAUCGGGCAUGGUGCUUUUGGCGUCGUGUCGCUCGUGAGAGAGCGAUCGUCGGGCCAACUCUAUGCUAUGAAGCAGCUGCGGAAAACGGAUAUGCUACGUAAAGGCCAAGAGGGGCAUGUUCGCGCCGAACGAGACAUCCUUAAAUCGGCAUCGCUGGUCAGCUCCCCUGGAGGUGCGGAAUGGAUUGUCAAGCUUCAUUAUAGCUUCCAGGACCGCGACCAUCUUUAUCUGGUCCUUGACUAUAUGGGGGGUGGUGAUCUUCUCAAUCUGCUGAUCGAACGCGACGUGUUCGAAGAAGAUUUUACCCGCUUUUAUGUCGCUGAAAUGGUCCUUGCGAUCGAAGCUUGUCAUAAGCACGGAUUCAUUCAUCGCGACAUCAAGCCUGAUAACUUUCUGUUCGACCCUAGUGGCCACAUUAAGCUCAGCGAUUUCGGUCUAGCAACGGACCUACAUUGGGCGCACGAUACCUCAUAUUACGAACAGCAGCGUUUACACCUCCUCCAUAAACAUGGCAUUGACCUGGAGGACAGCCUUGGCAUAGCUGACGGCACGCGGACCAAGCGGAUGAAUCGCAAAGAUGUCGAGAUGCUGAUGGGUGGUGGGGACGGUCAAGGCGGUAUAUUCACCUGGCGGGAGAAAAAUCGCCGCAAGCUGGCUUAUUCCGUAUGCGGUACAAAUUCAUACAUGUCACCGGAAGUCAUACGUGGGCAUGGCUAUACCUACUCUUGCGACUGGUGGAGCCUUGGGGUCAUCAUGUUUGAGUGCUUGUAUGGGUAUCCACCGUUCGUCAGUAACUCGCGCCAUGUAACGCGCCAGAAGAUCCUGAACUGGCGACAAUCGUUACGCUUCCCUUCGAGGCCACGCGUAUCCCAUGAAGGCGUCGAUUUGAUGCAGCAGCUGUUAUGUGAACCCGAGGAUCGGUUGGGGUCUCAAGCUUCCGCAUCCACAACUAGACCCAAUUCAUUGGUCAUGCAAGCAAGGCGAAGUGGCUUUGUGACACCCACCGGAAUGACGGGCAGUGUAGAUGGUGCGGAACUCAUUAAGGCUCAUCCUUGGUUCCGUGGAAUUGAUUGGGAGAACAUGCAUCGUUACCCGGCACCUUACCGUCCCGAUCUACGCAACCCCGAAGAUACUCGGCACUUCGACCAAGAUAUUCCUCCAGAGCCUCUUGCGCCAGCCAACGGCGCUCCCGCUGACGCCACCAGGGAUCCUCUUUUGAGGGACAAAGUCCACGGACAGGAGAUUCUCGAAGUUAGGAAAGCGCUUGCCUUCGCCGGCUUCACGCACAAGAGUCCAAGACCAAUAACAUAUGUCCGAGCCGAUAAAGCUUUCGACCCUCAACCUGACACAUACGGCCAAGAGGAGGCUCAGAGAGGUCGUUCGACUGUUCGCUCUUUACAGGAUGUCGGGAAGGGACGAGCCAUGUCUCUAUAGGUGGACACAUGUGGAGGUAUCCAGUUAUUUUCUUUUGAUCUAAUGACGUACGAUCUCGAUACCUUUCGUUGACGGCUAUCUAAUAUCUUGGACUUGUAUUGACAUUGCCACUCAGCCACUUCGAUUCUAUGCGCCAUCUCUUGACAUUCCUCAAAUUGCUUUGUGCGUACGUUCCCUGUGCGGCUAUAUCCCACUUCCACAGCCUCCGUGCUUGAAUCAAUAAUUUAACCGUCU